AUGACGGUGGCCUCCAUGGGUCUUUUCCAUCGUUUUAUAUCCAUGAGUGGCACCGCACUAACCGAUGGGACCUGGGUAAAAGACGGUCCUGACGUCGCUACCAAGGUUGGACAAAAUCUUGGGUGUAACACUGCAGCAUCGUUGGUGGUCUGUCUCCGUGCAGCCAAUGCUACCGCCCUGCUCAAAGCGUCCGACCAGUCAAUGUGCCCAGGACGGUAUUCAGCCCUUUUUGCCCCUGUUGUCGACGGCGACAUGUUUCCUCGUAGUUUGGAAGAAAUGCUGAAGGAUCCCAACUCAACUGCGCUGAGACAUUUUCUGUCCCUAGACUACAUGGGUGGAUUCACGGACUCUGAUGGCGGAGUUAACCUCCUUUUCCCACCAACCAACAUAACCCUUGGUGUACCGCCCUCUUUUAUGAAGGACACUUCUCUUCCUCAGUUUGCUUCCCGGACUUCCGCCUACCACAAAGAUGAAAUAGCACAGAAACUAAGAGAAGUGUAUUACAUUGCUAAUACCAGCAUGAAAUCAUCUUAUGGUGGCUCCACCUAUCUUUACUACUUCACCAAGGAACCGUCAUUCCCGCAUCUCCUGCUAGUACCUGAGUGGUUUAAGGGAGUAAACCACGGGGACGAGGUCGUCUUCAUGUUAGGGCCUGACGGUACUGCUCUAUUCAACGGCACCUUCACGGAAUUAGAAAAGAACGUUCCCAGAGCUUUUAUGAUCUACUUUGCAAACUUUGCAAAAACUGGAAACCCUUACAAUCCCGAUACUGUACCAAGUCCAUGGCCCCAGUAUACGUAUACGAGGGAGGAGUAUCUAGACAUUGGUGACGUCAUCGUCAAUAAAAGUGACGUCAUACCACGGCGCAUUGACCUGUGGUUAGACACCAUCCCUGAGAUACUCGCCAGGUCCACCUCCUCCGCACCGUCCACGACGCCAGUGGCUAGUGAAGGGGUUCAAGUCCAUUUCAGCGCCAUAUUUGCCAUACUUGUCAUGUUUAACGUCUUAAAAUUGUUUUGUUGAGGUUGCCACUUGUAGU